AUGAAAGUCAGUGUUUUGAUUGUUGUUCUAUGGUGCGUUUAGAGCGGGGAGCUCGAGUUCUUUUGGAUAAGUGAAAAAAUUAAAUCAAAUAAUUAUAAAAAGCCAUGCUGAUUGGUUUUAUUCUUUUUUCCCUGGCAGUGUGCCAGGGAAGUUUUGCCCAAAGGAGGUGCUCCAGGGAUCGAAUGAGACAAUGUAUGGAUGGAUUAACUCGCAGUACACAGAGGCGAAUCAAUGACAUGGGUCGAAGUGACAUGGUGGCUCAGUGUGCGAACGUAAGGGACGAUUUUAACUGCCUUCUGCGAGAGACGAGGUGCCUGACAACAGAAACUGAACGCAACAGAAACGGGGACACCUUAAGGAACGCACUAAAAUACAUCAGAGAUGGAUGCGACAGUCAAGGAGGAACAUGGAGAGAUAACCCUUGUUUCGUCGGCGAGGGCAUGAAAAAUUGUGAAAGCAACUAUCCACUAGGAGGAGCCCAGUUUUCUUCAUAUAACUCAGAGGCAUGCAGGAAAUUCAACCUGUUCCAGGACUGUGUUAAUGAGAUCGUAAGGAACCGGUGCCAGCAAAGCGAUGAACUCCACCUGGGCCAAUACUUGGUAGACGCUGCACAGGAUCUUGCUUGGAAUUGUGGAGAAUCUACUUCUGGCUCUGGCACCGAUUACGAUCGAGACCGCAACGAUAGAGAUCGCAACGAUCGAUACGGUAACGAUCGUUAUGGCGAUCGUCGUGGUUCAGAUACGGACCGGUACAGAGGUGGAAGUAACAGAGAAUACGACAGAGGAGGGUACAGAGAUGACAGAUACCCAGAACGUGACCGAUAUUCCGACAGAUAUAACACCGGAUAUGGAAACGCUUAUUCAGGAAGCUCUGACAUCACCUGCUGCAGAAACGAAAGAUGCGACAGGAACAGACUUCAGCAGUGCAGGGACUCCUUGACCAGGACGAUCGACAGCCGGAUGUCCGGCUACCAGGACAGCAAGAGCUGCAGACGAGCUAGAGACGACUUCAACUGUUUGCUGUGGCAAACUGCAAACUGUGCCAAAAGUGACGAGAAAGACCGCGACAACGAUCUCUUCCGCAGGGCUAGAGAUUACAUAUCCAGAAACUGCGACACCUAUGGAAGAUGGUCCGAAAAUAGUUGCUACAAAACCACCGAGAUGCAGAGGUGUGAAGGCUCUCUCACAAACGCCAGAGGCAAUACAAACUAUGAAUCUUGCAGGGGAUACAACUCCUUCAAAGACUGCAUGACAGAUGAGCUGCAAAGGCGAUGCACCAGGGAGGAUGAAUUGUACCAGGGAGCGUACUUGGUUGACAAGGCACAGGAGAUGUCCUGGCAGUGUGGAAGCGACAGCUUCAAUGUCAAUGGCUAUGGUGGCGGCAAUGGAAGAAAUAGCUAUUCCACUUAUGACAGAAGAGAGCCAUAUGACAACGGAUAUGACAGUCCACAGCACCUGGAAGAUGAAGAUGCAAUGUGUCAAUCUCGUAUCCAAGGCCUCAGUGAUCAAUGCAAAAACAGAUUGGAUGAAAAACGGAGGGAACUUUAUACAGAGAAUGAUUAUGAUGCUAGACAAAGAAUCACUUGCUGCUCUGCAAGGGAAUACCGCAGCUGCCUCUUCGACGCAACCAAGCGAGUCUGUGACUCAGAACGCAGUCGAGUCGUCGACUCCCUCAUGGGACGUCAUAGGUUCGAACUCAGCGCUGACACCUGUCGAAGACUUUAUGACAGCGAUUGCAACGGCAGCUCCCACAAUCAUAUUUCAUUUUGGUUGCUCAGUGCAUGUGUAACAGUACUUUCUCUACUCUUUGCUGUGAAAUGGUAAAAUAUUCAAGACAUUUUGCCUGAAACUUUAAACAUUUCACCGUUCGCUUUCGGACGAAGUCAUUUUUAUACAAGCCAUUUAUAUUUUUUUGCACUUUGUAAAUAAAUAAUAUAUUAGGUUUAUUUGGGACCUAGGGGAUAGUUUUAUUUACUGCAAGCUGAUAAGGACUCAUGAAAUAAGCUUUGCAGAAGGAAGAUUUUAUUUUGCAAUGAACAAUGAUUCAUUAUAAUCUUUAAGAGAUAAAAGCAUAUGUUCUCUUUUGUAACUCUAUUGUUGAGAAAAACCUAAACCUGUACAGGCAUCAAUUUUUUCUAAAUAUUAAUUGAUGUUUAUUUCUAACUACUCAUGACAAAUAUGCCUAGUAUAUAUAUAUAAAUAUAUAUCUUCUCUGGAAACAUUUCAUUUCCAGAAAAAACAAACAUUCCAUUUUCAUGUUUCAAGAAUAUUUACAUUUCAAUAUGAAAUCAAAAUUAUUAGCAGUUAAUCUGUUCUAGAUCCCUAAACCCUAAAAAAUGCUACAUGUUUGCAGAACAGGUACAUAGUCAAAUCAUCACCUCCCCCCAUCCCCUCUUUUUUGGUUAUAAUACUGCUGCAACUUGAGCGUUAAAAAAAAAAAAUUUUAAACUUCUCGGCACUUUUGCUGAAAAGGAAACAAUAUUCUAGAUGGUAACUGAGGGAGAAUAAGUACUGAUAAUACAUUUUAUGUUGCAUUAUUUGAAGUAUGAAAUUAUUUUCAAUUUGAUAAUUUUUAAUACCACUCAAUAAACUACGCUAAAUUAAAAAAAAACUUUUCCAACCAAAAAUUUAUAGCAUGCUUCAAUUAAAAUAUCUAAAAGGUAACCUCGGAAAACUUUCAUCCUUUAAUUACCUUAAAAUAAAAAUAUUUGCUUCACAUAUUUUUCUUAAAAACUUAUGUGAUAUGAAAAAACACCAAAUAUUUCUGCUUUAGCCCUGGCUAAUGGGCGGUAAUUUACUGAAUAUACCAAACAUCAUAUUUAAAAGAAAAAUGAAAUACAAGUAUGUAACAAAACCCAAUGCCUGCUCAGCUAUAUAUUACACUGCUUUAAAAUAAUCAUACGGGAGCAAUAAUAAAAAUCAUUACCAUUUUUAGACUUUGUACCGUCCGUAAUACCUAAAUUCUAUAAUUUGCCCGCUUUCAAAAAUUCAAAAUGAUAUCAAAAACUACAAUUUAAAUACUCAUUCUUCAUUUCAUUUCCCCUACAGACUACUAUUUUGUUAAAACACAACCAUAUUCUACAAAAUAUGGAAUUUGACAUGUAUUUCAUUUAAUCUAUGUAUGCCUGAAAUACUGAGACAUCUGGCAUAAUUUUAGAUGACAAUCAAUAGCGGCGAUUUUAAAUUUUGAUAUAAAUUUCAUAUUUUAAUUUGCAACUAAAAUCUUAACAUCUCACUAAAACAUAUAUAUUCUGCACAUGUCUUCAAUCAUUGUUUAAAUUAUCCAUUAAUAUUUUUGAAUCUCAUGAAUAGAGCCAUUUGUAUGUGAUACGUUUCACAGUUGUUCUACACAUGAUGUACAGUGAAUCUCAAAUAUAUGCCAGCACUUGUUUUUGUUAGAAAACCAUGAAUGUUAUGUUAUUGUUCUGAUUUAUUGUUAUUUUGAGAAUUGUCAAUAAACUAAUUUAAUAAAAA